AGACUAUGCAGUUAUUUUCUCUGUGCUGUCCUUCACGCCAUCAUCGCGUGAUUAGUUAGUUGACCGAAGUCGAAAGUUGCCGGGAUAGGGCACUGGAGUAACUGUGAGCAAGUAAGCGAGGGCCAGGAUGAACACCGCGCUGAAACACUGGAGGGAGGCGGCGACGGUGAUCUUGGCGGCCGGCCUGCGACGCGCUCAGAGCGCGGACUCUCUUAAAACAGGUCUGGAGAAAGUCUCUGACAUAGCGCACAUAUCCGCCUUUGAUUAUCAAGUGCUGUUGCUAAAACGGAGCGGCAGCAGCGGCUUCAUGCCCAAUGCCUACGUGUUUCCCGGGGGGCUGGCGGACGCGUCUGACUUCUCCAGCGACUGGCAGGAGGUCUUUCAGUCCUUCACGAAAGCGCCCAACUACGGCAUUGGAGUCGUGAAGCAGCCGCCGGAGACCAGGCCGCCCAUUUUCGCCACUGACAGAGCGCAGCUGGGAUCCCCGAUCCCCGGAGACGUGGCUUUCAGGAUAUGUGCAGUGAGAGAGACGUUUGAGGAGUCCGGUGUGCUCCUGGCGGUCCCCACACACGAGGAAAGCGGCAUUCGCGUGCGCACAGAUGAUGCUCGGGACAGUGACCCCCAGCCAACCCUGACCACACUGAGCGGACUGUGGGACAGAGACGUGCUGUCCAAGUGGAGGUCUCUGGUUAUUAGUGACUCGGCGAAUUUUAUUAAGAUGUGCAAGGAGCUGCAGUGUCUGCCCAACAUCUGGGCUCUACACGAGUGGGGCAACUGGCUGACCCCCGUAGGCAUGCACGGCAAACAGAGGCGCUACGACACGGCCUUCUACAUCUGCUGCCUGCGCGACACGCCACACACGCUCCACGACGAGAAGGAAAUAGUUCAUUUCAAGUGGUCCAGUCCUUCUGAAGUGCUGCACAGCUAUAAAUCAAAGGAGAUCUGGGUGGCUCCACCUCAGUUCUACGAGCUUGGACGCAUGUGCCGGUGUCCAGCUCUCGCAGAUCUCCAUCGCUUUGCCUGGCAGAGGUCUUUGGAGGGUUGCGAACAGUGGCUGCCUAUUCACCUGGUGGCGCCUGACUGCUUUGCAAGCGUUUUACCAGGGGAUGCUCUGUACCCGGAAAAAGUGGACCGUUCUGUUAAGAGCGGUGGCGUGAUGAAAACUGAGACGAGUCUUGAAGAGCUCCAGCAGGACAGUGCAAACCUGCACCGUAUCGUCGGCCAGGAUCCAUAUUCAAUAACUGUCCGAAUGAACAUCACACCCAAGUAUAACCACCUGUCUCCUCUCUUCGGUACAGAUGUGGACAACCCCUCCAAAAACCAUAGUAAACUCUGACACUUACCUUCCAAACAGGUGCAGGACUGAUGGACAGAAACUGGUUUUUUUUGGUAAAUCAGUUCAUUUCUACCUACUGAUGUGGAACUUGAGCCAUUCAGUGUAGUUCAACAUAUGGCCUCCCUAACUUCUGUCAUAUAAACAAUGACUACCUUGUUGAUGUGACAACUGCUGGUACCAUGAUUUAAAAAAGAAAAGUGCAUUAAAAAAAGAUUACCAGGUGUAAAGUUUGAAUUGUCUCAGUUCUUCAUUAAUGUAAUAUUGCAGAGGAGGCAGUAAAGGGUAAAUGGCACUUUUAAUUGUUUUCAUUUGUUGAAAGCUCUCAACUUUUUCAUGCUUUUUGAGUUUGCUGAAUACAGGACUUUAACAAAAAUGGCAUUUGUCUGAUUGGUUUAUGGCUAGCAUAUAUAAUCAACCAAUUACAACCAAUCUGACUGUAGCAGCAGCUAUUGCAUAUUUAUUUAUAGUACUGACUAGGAUAAAUAAUUUAAAGUACAAUGAGUAGUAAAUCAUGAAUUGUCAUGUGAUUGAAAAACUCUAAAGUCACAUUUGAAUUCACAUUUCUGGCAUCUUUAAAUUCAGAAAAAAUGAAUUCAGACACAAUGUGUGUGAAUGUUUUCAAACUGUUUAAUCACACAAACUAAAAAAACGACCAGAUGCCUGCUUCAUGGGUGUCAAUUUUGCUAUAUUUCUGUAGAGACAGUAGCGUGAAAUCCUUAACCAACCUUAUACAACACAUUUGUUUCAGACAUUAAAUAAAUUCUGCACUCUCUACACUUCCAAUGAAAACCACAACUUAAAUGACAAAACAACUAAUAAAAAAAACAUCUUUAUUUAAAGGCUGUUUUGUGGAGUUGAUUUGUGUUUGCAUUUUGGUUACUUUGUACAGGUUGAAGUUUGGUCAUGGUGUUACUGUCUUCAUGCUUCUACUUACUGGGAUUUACAUUGUGAAACAACUUAUGAAGUAGAAAAAUCUGUACAAAUCUUAAAUGUUAAAUACAAUCACUCUGUACCAGUAAUGACAAACAUCCCACAGGAAAGAGUACAUUUAAACUAACAAAACAGCAGCUUAAAAUCUACAUAGAAAACAACCACCUCAACCCCCAAAUAGAUUAGUCUGUCAGAAUACAUCUUUUCAAAAAAGAGAGAGAAAAUAAACUUCCAAAUGUAGCUCUUCAUUUGUGGAGAUAUGCCUGUGAACUAAAGGCUAAGGGGGCAAAGCUGCAGUUGAGCUCUACCAAUCAGUCCAGAACGUCACAACUUGUACAGAUGUCAGAAUGGGAAAGAAAAAAGAAAAUGCUUGCAAGCUCUGUAAAACAGACCAGCUAUAAGGUCGUAACACAUUUUCAUUAACUGAACAUCAUCAAGAAGAGCAUGUGUUUUUGCUGCUGUAGGCACAAUUUAUCUCUAAGGACUCAUUUGAAACCCACUUCAAUUUUUAGAACAAUACAUUGUUAAAACUCACUUUAACCCAUAACCUAAACACACACUGUAUUGUUUUUUUAAAUCUUAAACCAUCAAAAUGAGACCACAUGUCAUUGCAGCACGAGCCAUAAGCAUGAUGUGAAACAUACUGUAAAUGUAACCAACAGCAACAUGCAAAACUUUUGGCACCACUUUAUUCAUCUUGAAUUUUUGAAACAGAACUAGAUCACAUUUUGCUGAGGAUUUCAGUGCACUUACAAAAAAACAUGCAUGCUUAAUAUUUACCUGUGACAAGAUAUUCAACUUUGCUCAUUCUAUGCAUUAUUUCAGACUAAUCCUGAUUUUCACACAAUAAGGAAAUGAAAAACAUGUGCCUGUGUUGGCUCGACACACA